AUGGAGGCAAUAAAUAUCAUCCUCCCGCUGCAGAAGCUGGGAUGUGCCCCGCUUCACCACGUAUCGGAAGAACUCCAGCCUGCCUCUACCCGGACCCUGUACGACGCCAAAUUGUCCGAUGGGCCGCGGGAGAGGGGCAGUCUUGGGGUCGCAUCGCUUGGCGCUGGGCGCGAUCCAGGACUACGAUGCCUCCGGGGUCUCUCUUUGGAUAUGUAUAGCUCACGACGACUCCUUGCGUCAACCGUGGAUACGUACACGCCGAACCUUGACGGACCGGCACGAUCGAUCGAGGUCUCCAUCUGGUCAGACAGUGCCUCCGCCACAUACCGCGAUCAUGGCAGCCUAGCACGGACCGCCGAGGAGGGUGAGAUCCCAGAGUCCAAGCUCCUGUCGGUCGAUCACGGCCCCGAUGGAUGA